AUGGCGCGCGGCAAACGCAAAGUUGACGUUGAAGUUGAAGGUGACGCUGUGGAAGGGUCAAGCACAGCUGAAAUUGCAGAGCCUACGCCGAAACGAACGCGUCGAGUUAUCAAGAAGAGCGUGGAGUCGGACCCUCCUGAACCUCGUGUCCAACGACCCCGGAGAGCUGCAGCAAAGAAAAACACUGGCGAGGCCACAACGCCUCCUGAUGAACCACCGACGAAAAAAACUCGUGUGCGAAAAUCAAAGGCUUCGCAGCCGCAACCAGACGCUGAAGCGGGGCCUAGCUCAGCCGCAGGCCCCAGCUCAAGCCAGGCUCCCCCGUCGAAGAAGAAGAAGGCACCUGCUUCAUCUGCGCCGGAAGGCCGUGGUGCAACAUUUUUGGCUAGCUGCCCGCAGAACAUCCAGGAUCGAGUGGGGAGGGUCAUGACACAAAGGUUCUUUAUGAUUGAAAGAAGAAGGAAUGGUGACGAGUUACAAGAGGAGUUCAGCGUGCUUGGGUCAACCGGCAAUGUUUAUACGGUCACAAUUGGGCGAAAACCCAAAUGCAAUUGCCCUGAUACGAUCAGGGGGAAUCAUUGCAAACAUAUUAUGUUUGUUUUCUUGAAAGUUCUACAAGUUCCACAAACUUCAAAUCUAUGGUACCAGAAGGGUUUAUUGACAAGCGAGCUCGAGACCAUUUUCGCCAGGGCACCUCUUGCCCCGAACGACGUUACAAAUCCUCGUCUACGGGAGGCGUACGACCGCGCUCUCGGCAGACCCUCAACUUCCACCGCCCCAGCCGCUGCCCCCGAGUCCCCCACCGGGAAGAAACGUAUUCCCGGUCCAGAAGACGACUGCCCCAUCUGUUACGAUGGAAUGGAAGGCGCCGCUGAGGCAUCUCUCGUAUUCUGUGACGAGUGUGGGAAUGCAUUGCAUCAAGAGUGCUUUGAGCAGUGGCGCCAGACGAGCCAGAACAAGGGCAAGGAGUUGACUUGUGUUUGGUGUCGAUCCCCCUGGGCUACUCCAGCUGUACGUCAGCCGAAGCCGACCUCUUCAUCUCCUUCAAAAAGGAAGGGGCCCUAUCUCAAUCUCGGAAUCAUGUAA